AGAGGAGCUUCCAGAUAACCAUCACAACACAUUGUACCUACAGCUCACAUACGCCAUACCUUACGAUAGCUUCCGCUACUGCACAACUACACUCGUUAAUUCUAGAGGAAUCCUUUCUCCAUUUCCUUCCAUCUCUCGCUCCCCCUACAUACCACUAUAGUAACGGCCAGGUGGCCUAGCGCCGACCCCUCUGGCUACCAGUCGGAUUCACUGUCAUCUAGAAGCUAGAAUCUAGAAUUGAUCAUGGAUAGGCGGACUUAUGAAUCUCCCAUGGACUGGGAAUAUCAAAACACGGCUCCCAUGGAUCCUUCCAGUCCCUUUGCUCAAUCCACAAGACCCGCGCCAGAACGAAACCCCUUUGGCGGCUCUUCGAGCUUUGCCGCAUAUAGCCAGAGCGGAUUCGGCCGCGCGCCUAUGACUCCCUCGAAGCCACUCCCUCCUACCCCCAACCAUCAACAAUCGCCCUCGAUAUUCGCCAGUGCGAGGUCACAGGCGCAGAGAUCAACCACAGCGUCAUCCUUCCGCAACCCCGCCUUCACCACACCACGCAAACCUUUCGAUCCAGAUGCGCUAUCUGAGAUAUCCGCGAGUCCAGCUGCUACUGACGGCGGUUCCGAUUUCCCAGAGACACCAGAUCACGACCAGUCCAUCGACAUGGCCCAAAUGACCCUCACACCGGCAUCUGUCAGUAAGCACAGGUCCUUUUCUCCCAAGAAGGCGAGUGGCAGAGGUGAAAUAGCCAAACCUAUGUUCCCAACCCGCGACAAGGUCCGCAAGCGCAAGCGGUACAACGGCGACAAGGAUAUAAGCGGAUAUCGGCUGCCCUACAAACAGGCGGAUGAAGGCGACUCAGACUAUGAAUCUGACGACAGCACAUUCCAACCGAACAAGCCGCAGCAUAAUCAGAAGAGGCCGAAGAGCGGAUGGUUUGGGAACUUUCUCUCCGCCCUCCAGCAGAAUCCAACCGCGCCAAGAGUCCUCGGUCUAUGGCUCAACUUUGGCUUCAGUCUUUUCUGCAUGUCCGGGACCGUAUGGAUUAUAUGGGCUAUCGUAUCCGGUCUGCGCGCAGAUUUCACUAGCGCCCGUGCCGUCGUUCGCGAUAGCAUCGUCAAUGAAAUGAGUAUAUGCCAAACCCACUACCAAGAAAAUAAAUGUUUCCCCGUGGAGGCUCGGUUGCCGGGAUUGCGCAAAGCAUGCGAUGAGUGGGAGGCGUGCAUGAAUCAAGAUCCAUCCCGUGUCAAGAACGUCCAGCUGGGUGCCAAGAGCAUCGUCGAGGUUAUCAAUGAGAUUGUCGACACCAUGUCAUACAAGACGAUCAUUCUAUUACUAUUCUUGUUCGCGAUAUUCGUCUUCAGCGGGCGAUCGCUCUACAAAACAGCACACGACUUCCCGGAUUUCGCAGCAUCUGCGCCGCCAACCUACGGCCAACCACCACCAGCGCUACAGCAGGUGCACUGGCAGGCGCUAGAGCCACAAACUCCUUCGCGUCGUACGUGGCGCCACUUACCGUCGAACGAGGAGACGCCCGAGACAGAUGGAUCGCCUCCUAGGUUCAAAAAGCUCACAGCGCCUGAGACGCCUUAUGGAUCUCGGAGCCCUACGAAGACGGAAAGGGGGAGGAGUCCGGCUAAAAGUAUGAGUCCGACGAAACGGCGCUGAUGAGAAAUGAAAUUGAGAAUGCAUAAAUGGUGGUGGAAAAGGUGUAUAAUUAAGUAGGCAUACUCAGGCACUUAAGGCCAAAAUGGGAACGGGCGUCGGGAUGGGAUGGGAUGGGAUGGGUAUUGGGUAUUUUGGUGCGGUGUGAGAUGAGAUUAAAGGCGAGCA